CCUCUUCUCCCUCGGGUUUCUUCCCUACGCGCUAACGAGACCGCUAAAGCCUAAAAUCGAGACGUCCUGUAAAAUCGCAGAAAUCCUCGAAAACCCACGCGAGUACCUUUGUUUCCCUACUCGAGAGCGUAUGCUUGAUCCUCUGAUGUAAUUAUGGGUGAUGUUUUCGAGGUAAAUGACACCUGCUCAAACGAUUAAGAGCAGAAGCUGCAGAAGAAGAAGAAGAAGAAGAAGAAGAACGAGACGACACCGUUUAAUUCGAAGGCCUGAACUUCGUUCGAAAUGGAUCAUCGUCGUGCGCCUCUCGAUUUCGACCUCAACUCCUUGCUAUCCUACGCCUCCGCCAACGUUCUUGGCUUCCCUCCCUCUCCCUCCGAUUUCACAGUCUCUAAGUUCGGGCAUGGGCAAUCGAAUCCGACGUAUAAGAUAGAGGCAGGGUCGGGGGCAUCGCUGAAACGCUACGUUUUGAGGAAGAAGCCGCCAGGGAAGUUGCUCCAGUCUGCUCAUGCCGUCGAGAGAGAGUUCCAGGUUCUUCAGGCAUUGGGUAAUCAUACAUUGGUUCCGGUUCCAAAAGUUUACUGUUUAUGUACCGAUUCAAGUGUCAUCGGAACCCCCUUUUACAUCAUGGAGUUUCUGGAAGGGCGCAUUUUUCUCGACCCCAAGCUUCCGGGUGUAGCACCUGAGAGGAGGAGGGUACUUUACCAAGCAACUGCAAGAGCUCUAGCAUCCCUACAUUCUGCUGAUGUUGAUGCCAUCAGUCUAGGAAAAUAUGGGCGUCGUGACAACUAUUGCAAACGACAGGUAGAGAGGUGGGCAAAGCAAUAUAUUGCCUCAACUGGUGAGGGCAAGCCCAAGAGAAAUCCGAAGAUGUUUGAGCUGAUUGAUUGGUUACAGCAGAACAUUCCUCUUGAAGAUUCUUCUGGGGCAGCAGCAGGCUUAGUUCAUGGGGACUUUCGCAUUGAUAAUCUUGUGUUUCAUCCUAUUGAGGAUCGAGUGAUUGGCAUUCUUGACUGGGAAUUAUCUACUCUUGGAAAUCAAAUGUGUGACGUUGCUUAUAGCUGUUUGGUAGUUGACCAAGUUUCAAACUUAACCCCUUACAUCGUGGACAUCGGGGCUGAAGUUGGUGAAGGUUUGGAACACACAGGGGUUCCAGAAGGGAUUCCUUAUCAGGCAGAGUAUGUAGCAGAAUACUGUUCUUCAUCAGGAAAGCCAUGGCCUUUUGCUGAGUGGAAGUUCUAUGUUGCCUUCUCCUUAUUUCGAGGAGCAUCAAUUUUUGCAGGGAUAUAUAGUAGAUGGAUUAUGGGUAAUGCUUCUGGAGGAGAGAGUGCCCAGCAUGCUGGGGACAGAGCUAAUUUUAUUAUAGACUAUGCAUGGAAAUUUAUUCGACGAGAAUCUGUGCUUCCCAAGAAUCCUCCGUCAGGUGCUUCCCUUGCUCAAGACUACUUGAAAAGAUUUGGACAAGAGAGUGAUGAUCAAGGAUUUUCAAAAGGGGGAGGGAGGUUUGUCCCCAGUAAAGGGGUUUCAGAAUUGAGAAACAGGUUGAUAAAGUUCAUGGAAGAUCACAUUUAUCCCAUGGAACAAGAAUUCAACAAACUUGCCGAGUCUAGCUCACGUUGGACGGUUCAUCCAGGGGAGGAGAGGUUAAAGGAGCUAGCAAAGAAAGAAGGCCUCUGGAACUUAUUUAUACCUUUUGACAGUGCUGCCAGGGCCAGAAAAUUAAUUUUUGAUGGAAGCAAUCAUCUUUUAUCAGAGAAUUCCUCCAAUCGCUUAUUUGGCGCAGGUCUUUCAAACCUUGAAUAUGGAUAUCUUUGUGAGAUCAUGGGUCGUUCAGUUUGGGCUCCACAAGUGUUCAAUUGUGGUGCACCUGACACGGGAAAUAUGGAGGUAUUGUUGCGCUAUGGCAGCAAGGAGCAGCUACUUGAAUGGCUUGUUCCUCUGCUUGAGGGGAAGAUUCGGUCAGGAUUCGCAAUGACGGAACCCCAAGUUGCAUCCUCUGAUGCAACCAAUAUCGAGUGUUCUAUUAAAAGAGAAGGAGAUUCGUACAUCAUCAACGGAAAGAAAUGGUGGACAAGUGGCGCUAUGGAUCCGAGGUGUAGAGUUCUUAUAGUCAUGGGGAAAACCGACUUCAAUGCUUCCAUGCAUAAGCAGCAAUCUAUGAUCUUAGUGGAUAUCCAGACUCCAGGUGUACACAUAAAGAGACCACUUACGGUUUUUGGCUUUGAUGAUGCACCUCAUGGGCAUGCAGAAGUAUUAUUUGAGAAUGUACGUGUCCCGGCAAAAAAUAUUCUACUUGGAGAAGGACGCGGGUUUGAAAUCGCACAGGGUAGACUAGGCCCAGGAAGGUUACACCAUUGCAUGAGGCUGAUAGGAGCUGCCGAGCGUGGCAUGCAGCUAAUGGCUCAAAGGGCUCUUAGUAGAAAAGUUUUCGGGAAGUUGAUUGCUGAACAAGGCUCAUUUCUUUCAGAUAUUGCAAAGUGUCGAAUUGAGCUAGAGAAGGCCAGAUUGUUGGUUCUGGAGGCAGCUGACCAGCUUGAUAGACUUGGAAACAAAAAGGCCCGAGGAACUAUAGCAAUGGCAAAGGUAGCAGCCCCAAACAUGGCGCUAAUGGUGCUCGACAUGGCAAUGCAAGUGCACGGUGGCGCUGGCUUGUCUUCCGACACUUGUCUGGCACAUCUUUGGGCCACGGCAAGAACAUUGAGAAUCGCAGAUGGUCCAGAUGAAGUCCACUUGGGUACUAUCGCCAAGUUAGAACUACGGAGAGCCAAACUCUGAAUCUUUCAGACCAAACUUUCAACAAAACAAGAACCUUUCUCCUUUCAUAGUCGAGUGCGUGCAAGUCGCGUGCUUCGCCCGAAAACGCUUUUCCCCAAUAGGCAUACUGUUCAAACUUACAGUUGAUAAAUAUUAUCAAUAAUGUACUCCUUUUUACAUGUUUAGGAGUAAUAAUCUUCAUCCAGCUACUUAUUCACUUUUUGUAUGUCGUCCAAUAACGAGUACUAUUUCUCCUAUUGAAGUAAAUGUUAUGAAUUUACUUUCACCA